AUGUUUGUCCGACUACUGGCUCUAUUUCUUGUUAUAUUUCACACAUGGCUACUAACACUGGUUAAGUCAGACUAUCAUCAGCAUUAUAAGCGAAACCUGGCACAAAAAGCCGCCAAGAAACAGGCUGCUGAUGAGCAGUGUGGUUCGGUCAGCCUCAAUAUCCCGGCAGUUCAACACUAUCUUCUAGCAGGAAUGCCAGGCAGAUAUACCCGUCUGACUGGCCAGCUUUCCAAACUAAUCCCAGAGGUGGCCUCCUGCUUCAGUAGAAGCACUUCUGACACAAACGAUGCACCUAGACUGCAUGAUGGACCUCUACCAGAAAGCAAUGACCAAGACAAACUUGGUGAUGUCUCAUUACAUAUGCCUAAUCAAGAGAGGAACCUGGAGAUAAGGACCUAUGAACCACAGAUCUCUAGUAAACCUGAUCCAUGGGACAAAGAUAAUAUUAACAGGUAUCAGCAAGGGAAAAGCAGAAAGAGGACGCAUUUAAAUUUAAAAGGAGCACUGGACUUAUCGUACAUUCUCAGCUCUACUGCAUUUUCCACUCUGAGAAAUACAAAUACAGAAAGUACAGUCGCAAGACCAGCAUCAAACAUGGAAAAACUCCAAAUACCAUGGACACGGAGUAAGAGGAGUAAGGAUAGUUUCUCUUCAGGACGGAGAGUGCGUCGCAGCUCCAUAAAGUUUCCAAGUGAAGUAAAUAAGCAUUCAGGGGAAGGAAACGAGGACUUCUCUAGAGAAGCAGAUGAUAAAAACAGUCAAUCUGCCAAAGUUUGGCAUACCAGGAUCCAAAACAUCCCUCCAAACUGGAUGAUGGCGCUGUAUUUCAGUGGCCAGAGGGAGCAGUUAAAAUUGAACCCAGCAGAUAUGGUGGAGCUCCCUCGCUCCAGCUUCACUCUAGAGCUGUGGGUCAAGCCUGAGGGAGGUCAAAACAAUCCAGCAAUAAUAGCAGGUGUGUUCGACAAUUGCUCCAGCCCUCACAGUGAGAGAGGGUGGUCUGUUGGCAUCCGGACCUCUAAGCUCCUGGGGAAAAAAGAUGCCUGCUUUUACUUUACUCUCCGCACAGAUCGUGCCCUCAGAUCCACCACGCUUUCAGGUCACCGGCACUACCAGCCAGGUGCAUGGACUCAUCUGGUCGCCAGGUAUGACGGCCAACGGAUGGCUCUGUUCAUAGAUGGUGCCAAGCUUGGAGAGAGCAGGCAGCAGUAUGGGGACCUAUACAGCCCUUUUAUCAAGAGCUGCCGCACGUUUUUGCUGGGCGGUGACCUCUCUAAUUUAAAACACGGCUUCCGAGGUUAUCUAGGCAGCGCCGUCCUGUGGGAUCACGCCAGAGAUCUGAAUGACCUUUUUAAAAGGGAUACUUUGCAUUCAAAGCAGCAUAAUCCUCUUUUGAAACUCUGGGCUGAAUUUACAGAACUGGGCGAACAAUGGUUGCCAUACAAAGACAGCCAGCCUCCAACCAUCGUCGUUUUACCAGCACCAGAGCAGGAGCAGGUGUCACCAUCUCUGCCUCCCCCUUGUGGGGUGACCGUUUGUGACAAUCCAGACGUCAUCCAGAGCUACAAUCAACACUGGGAGCUGUGCACUAGCAAGCGACUUCGAUACCGCGUGGUAAAUAUUUGCAAUGAUGAUGGCAGCAAUCCCACAGUGUCACAGCAGCAAAUUAUUCGCCAACAACAGGCACUUGAGGAGGCAUUCGGGCCAUACAACCUGACCCUGGAGCUAACCGUGUUCACCGUACGCAACUCAACACUCCGACAACGCCUCGUGCUCAGCAACUGCCAUGUGACCAAAGUGGGAGACCGACACUGUGAUCGUGAAUGCGACCACCCUCUCACGGGCCACGAUGGGGGAGACUGUCUGCGCCCAGCUACCUGUUACAGCUGGAUGAGGGGUGAUGGGGUGUGCCAGCCUGAGUGUAACACCAUCUACCACGAUUAUGAUGACGGUGACUGCUGCGAUCCAGAGAUCACAGAUAUUACAAGAACCUGCUUUGACCCCGAGUCACCUGGAAGGGCUUACCUGACUGUAAAGGAAUUGAAGGAGCUGCUUCACUUGAGCAGCUCAGACACACUCAAUGUAUACUUUGCCAAAUCAGCUCAGGAGGAACUUGCUGGGGCUGCGACAUGGCCCUGGGCUAAAGAGGCCCUUACACACCAAGGUGGAAUGAUACUGAACCCCUCCUACUUCGGCACUGCUGGUCACAACAACACCAUGAUCCAUGAGAUGGGCCACAUCUUCGGUUUGUACCACGUCUUCAAGGGGGUAAGCGAGCGCGAGUCAUGCAACGACCCGUGUCAGGAGACCAUGGCCUCUAUGGAAACUGGGGAUUUUUGCGCUGACACGGCUCCAACUCCAAAGACUAAAGCAUGCAGAGACCCCGGCCCAGUCAACGACACCUGUGGACUAACACAAUACCAGAAUACACCAUACAACAACUAUAUGAGCUACACAGAUGACAACUGCACCGACCACUUUACACCAAAUCAAGUAGCUCGGAUGCACUGCUAUAUUGACCUUGUGUACAAAAACUGGGUCAUGGACAGAAAACCAACUCCCAUUCCUCUUGCUCCAAUGGUGAUCAACCAAGAUGACAACUCUGUUUCUAUUCAUUGGCUUCAUCCAAUCAGUGGGCCUCUCAUGCAGAGAGACGCCGGGGUGAAUUGCCAGUUGUGUGACGAACACGGAGUGUUCCAUCAAUAUGCCUACAAAGCCACAUCGCCCCAUUCUUGUGACACCAGUGGCUACUGGACUCCAGAAGAAGCCGUGGGUGCUCCUGAUGUCUACCAGCCAUGUGAGCCAAGCAUGCGUACCUGGAGCCCUGAGUUUAGCCUUUAUGAUGCCAAUAUGAGCUCUCCAUGUCCUCAGACUGGGGGCUGUGUUCUGCAGUUGUACUUCCAGCAUCCUGUUGUUCCAGACACUUUGAGUUUGUGGAUCACGUACAUUUCUAUCAAUAGCCAGGCAAUCUCUGAUGUGGAGUUCAUUUUGGAGACGGGCGAAUCAGUUCACACAGGACCCCAGCAUGUUUUUUGCGAUAUUCCUCUUACUCUGCGUGUAAACAGCAACAAGAAAGUGAAGGCUGUAAAGAUUUCCACCUUUGAUAAGAAACUGGAGAUCGAUGCUGUGCUGUUAACCUCCCGACCUCAGAAUCCUCUUUGCUCUGUCUGCCGUCCACUAAUUUACCAUGUGCUGCGAGAUCCACCCAUUAAGGAGGGCUCGGGAGCGGCCACUUUAAAACACAACACAUACACAGACAGUAAUGUAAAGCAAGGGGAGCGCUACAAGUACAGGAUCCAGGUGGAGGUGGAAGGUUUGCUCAGUGAGCUCUCUCCCAUUCUGAUCUACACCCACGGAGAGCAUUUCUGUGGAGAUGGACGACAGCAGGGGACAGAGGAGUGUGAUGACUGGAACCUGUUGGAUGGAGAUGGUUGCUCAAAAAAAUGCCUCAUCGAGCCAGGCUUUAAUUGCACAGGGCAGCCCAGCCGUUGUUACAUUUUCGAAGGUGAUGGAGUGUGUGAGGAAUUUGAAAGGGGCUCCAGUGUUCAGGACUGUGGCUUCUUUACACCACAGGGCUUCAAUGACCAAUGGGCUUCUAGUGCUACAGCAUCCCAUGAGGAUCGGCGGUGCCCUGCAAAUUCUGCCACUGGAGAACCUGAUCUUUAUCAGAUGUGCAGGUCUCAGUAUGUGGAGGUUAAUGAUGCUCUAAUGCAGGAUGCUUGGAUCCCCUGCACGGCCCUAUCUCAGUUCAACGGUUUCUGUGCGAAGGAGCAGCAUGUGUGGCUCCGGGUGGGAUUUGAGCGGCCUGGGGUUGCAGCCUCCAUUCUAAUCUAUUUGGCCUCUGAUGGAGAGCUGCAGAACACUGGAGACAAGUGCAGGAAAACUGUGUCCAUCCAACUUUGCGACACUAAUGGCAAAAACCACACACUUGGUACUCAUGAGAUGUCUUGCCAGCGUAACCCCCUGGUCGUAAAUGUGACACACAACUUGAGCGUGCCCUUCUUCCAGACAACCGCGGUGCUGCUGAAGUUUUCCACAGCUCACGUGGCCGUGCUGGGAGUUGCGCUGCGUACAUCCUGCCAAUUCAGUGGCUUCGCCCUAACUGGGUGUGCACGCAGACCAUGCACUGUGGAUUCCUGUAGUGCUGUGAAGGUAGAUCAUGCUGCAGUCAGCUGCACCCCUGGGCUAGAACCCACACACUGCACCGUCGCUUGCCAUAGAGGAUACAGACUCCGUGUGCUCAGUGGGCCUCGUCUUCGACCUCAGCAGAAGGAGACAGAGCUGAGCUGUGCGAAUGGCAUUUGGAACCGUAUGGUUAGCUGUGAGCCUGUGGACUGUGGUGAACCCGAUGAGUCUUAUGUGUACUUCGCUUCCUUCACCUGCCCCUGGGGCACUACCUUUGGCAAGCAGUGUACUUUUUCCUGCAACACACCCUCCACACUGCAAGGUGAGAGCAAUACAUUGGUGUGCCUCGACGAUGGACUGUGGUCUUUUCCUGAGGCAUUUUGCAAGAUCGAAUGUCUGGAUCCCCCAGCUGUGGAAAAUGCCAAGCUGUUAACAUCCCAGUGUAAUCACAGGAGGCAUGAUGUUGGUUCUGUGUGCCACUACAAGUGCAACCCUGGCUACUACGUCACUGGUUCCCUGAGCAAGAAGCCAUUGAAGAGAUCUCUGAAGCUGGAGUGUUUAGAAGAAGGCAGGUGGCAGACAGGCGGUUGUUCCUCCGUCUCAUGCCCUGCUCUACCUGCCAUGUUUGAGGGCAUGUACACAUGCACCAGCCACCUGGAUUUUAAUAGUGUGUGCACUUUACACUGCCCUGACCCAACAGAAAGGCACACAAUUCGCUGCACAAAAGAUGGGCAAUGGAGUGAGGAAUUCUCCAUGUGUAAAACAAUGGAGGGAUCAUGCCAAGCCCCUCCAGAGCUCAACAUGGUGGAGUACAUCUGUGAUGAGGUUUACAGUGUGGGUGCAGUCUGCCAUCCGAUAUGCACCGUAGCCUUAAGUGACCCUGUUGUGUUGGCCAGUAACGCCACUGCUGAUAUUCUCAAACACUGGGUCCUUCCCACUGCAGUUCAGAGCAUUGUGUGUACAGGUGCAAUGAAAUGGCAUCCAAACCCAGAACGGAUUCAGUGCAUCCAGUCCUGUGAGCCAUUUGGUGGAGAUGGCUGGUGUGACACAAUCAACAACCGAGCGUAUUGCCAGUAUGACGGAGGAGACUGCUGUCCAUCCACCCUUUCUACUGGAAAGGUCAUCCAGUUUGGGGUGGAGUGUGACCUUGACGAAUGCACCUGUCGUGACCCUGAGGCAGAGGAGAACAAGGCAAGGAUGGGAAAGAUUGAACCAUAAAAGCUGUAACCAAAGCAUUGCUACAACAAGACAAGAACAAUACUGUAGAGGAACAGGAACUGCACUAUAGUACACCAAACCAGCACAUAUACAAACUGCUAUACAUGUAUACAUUUGAUACUAUGCUACUGUAUACUAAUCUGUGUAAAUCUACGAAUAUAUUCGCCGAAUCUGACAUAAAUGUAAGUAUAGAAUUGACCUACCAUUUCAGAUCAUAAGCCUUUUUUAAAUAUCCAAACACUUUUUGUACAUGAAUAGUGCUAGCUUAUUUUGUGACAAUGUAAAUCACUGAUCUGUCACUUAUCAUUAUCAUGUAAAUCUUCUGUAAAGAUGCAGUUUUACAUAUGUAUCAAUAAAAU